AUGACUCUUGCAGAUACAAAGAAAGAGAAACGAACAACAAUGAGUUUCAGAUUAACUGAUGCAUUUAACAAAAAGCCACAACCAUUGAAACAUUCAGAAACUAUGAUAAAAAAUCAAACACCUCAAAAACAUGAAAGAAGAGGAGUUUUCUUUGAAGUUGAAAAGACAGUGGUAUUUGGGACUCCAUUAGAAAAAUUAAAGGAGUCGCAGUGUGGUUUUAAAGGAGUGCCAUUAGUAAUUGAAGAUUGUUGUCAUCACAUUCGAGAUUGUGUUAUAUCAAAUAGAAAAUUCAUUAAUAAAUGGGAUAACAAACAAUUGAAUAAAUUUUUAGUACAACAUGGUGGGAAAGAAAUAAAAAAUCUUACAGGAAAAGAAAUAAUGACAGUAAAUUAUGAAGAUUUAAAAAAAAUGGGAUUCAGUGAAGAAGAAAUUAAGAAAACACUAAAUAUUAUUCAAGAAGAAAAGAAAAAUGUUAUUUCUUUUGAUGAUAUUCUUAAUAAUAAAUUUAGUUGUUGUGAAAUAAAACAAAUGUAUGAAUUAAUAAAAAAAUAUGAUGAAGGAAAACAUGUUAAUUUAUAUGAAUGUUCUACAGUUAAAAUUAGUAUGUUAUUAUUGAGAACAUAUUUUAUUAUGUUAGAACCAUCACUAUUUAAUGAAGAUUUAUGCAAAAAGAUUGAUUCAAUUUUCACUCAAUCAAAUAAUUCUGAUGGAAAAAAACAUAUUUAUGAACUUCAACAACAAUUAAUAGAUUAUAUUAAAGAAAGUAUUUCACCAACUGCAUUUAAUGUCUUUAAUUUAAUGAAUAAUUUCUUUUUGACAAUAGGAAAUCAUCCUAAAAGUUUGGUAUUAAAUGAAUUUAAUGAAAUAGUGAUUUAUUUCUUUGAAAGUUUUAAUCCACGGCAUGAAUUUGAUCAAGGAUAUCUUGAACUUAUUCCUAUAUUAUUAGGUUUGUCUAAUGAUGAUCAAAUUAAUUUAUUACCUCCAUAUCGUAUUGAAACAUUAGACCGUUAUGAUGGUGAGUUUGUUCAAUUUACUGUAAACAAUGUUAUUUGUCCAUAUUUUUUCUUUCCAUUAACAACAUUUAAUGAAUAUAAUACAGCUGGUUGGUUUAAAGGUAUAUUAUAUAUUACCAAUUAUAGAAUGUUAUUAGAUUGUGAUGAUACAUCAAUGCUAUAUGAUGUUUGUUUUACUCAAGUUCCAUUAAAUAAUAUUGGUUUUUAUAAAAUCACUAAAGAAUAUAUUGAAGGGAAAGUAUAUUCAGCAUUAAGAAUUAUAGCUACAGACUUUGGACAUUUAACUUUUUUUUGUGAAAAUAGAUAUAGUGAAGAACUAUUACAUUGUCUUGAAGAACAUAUUAUGUUUUUCAAUUUUAGUUAUGAACAAAGUAAAUUUAAUACAUUAGGAAUUAAAGGUAAAACAACAAAACAAUUAAUAACAGAAGAAAAUAAAAGACAGAAUUGUGGAAUAAUCCCAAAAGAAUAUAUUCAUAUUUGGAAAAACCCAAAUAGUAAAGUUGAAUUAAACAUUUGUCAAACAGGAAUGACAACAAAUAAUAAUUAUAUUCAAGUUAAUGGACCAGAUAUUCCUUUUGCUUCUUUAAUUGAAUUAAUUAAUAAUAACAUCGGUACUCCAAUAUCUGAUGAUAUUUUUAAUAAAAUGACACAAUUUGCUUAUCAAACAUUAGAACCUGCAAAAGAAAUUGCAAAAAAGUUAUUAACUCAAAGUGUAUUAGUGUCAUCAAAUGGAAUAGGAGAAAUAAAAGCAUUAUUAGCUAUUUCUAUAAUAUCAUUAGAUUCUUAUUACUUAUCAUUAGAUGGAUUUAUGGUAAUGUACCGUACAUUUUUUAAGUUUACUGAUACUUAUCAAAGAAUGGUAUUUUUAUGGAUGAUUUGGUUAAUAAUGAACCAACACCCACAAGUUUUUGGAUUUAAUUAUAACUUAGUUAAAACAUUAUUCUACCACAUUACUGCAUUACGAUUUAAUGAUGAUUUAUUACAUCAGUUUGUGUUAAAUAAUCGACAGUACUUUGCUACAAUUGGUAAAGUAAAAUUUGCAAUAUUAAAUGAUAUUAUCCCUCGUCCAUCAGAAUUAUUUUUCCAACAUCCUAGUAUCCAACAAUUACCUAAAAUGAAUCAACAAAUUGUUAUUAUGAAAAACACUAGUGCAUCUACAUUACUUCCUUUUACACCAACAACUAUUCAAACAUUAGAAGUAGAAAAUAAUAAGUUUUUUGAUAUUCCAAUGAAAGUAUUAUCUUUUAGUAAAUUAAAUACUUUAAAAAUGGCUAAUAAUAAGAUUUAUGUCCUUAGUGAUGGAAUUAGUUCAUUUCAUAACUUAACAUAUCUUGAUGUAUCAAAUAAUAACAUCAAGUGGUUUCCACUACUUGGAGUAAUCAAACUUAAAUAUCUUGAUAUUUCUAAUAAUCCAAUUACAACUAUUUCAUUUCUUCCUACUACAUUAACUACACUCAAUAUGAGAGGAUUAUGUAGAAUGCCUGAUUUGACUCAACAUUCUUUGAUUACAUUAGACUGUUCUGGAACAUCAUCUAUUUCAUCAAAAACUUUGUUUCAUAAUCUUCCUAAAACUCUUAAAGAAUUGGAUAUAUCUAGUAGAGGUAUGUUAUCAUUACCAAUUAAAAUAUCUAAAUUAACUUCAUUAACUAAAUUAAACUUAUCUAAUAACUAUUUAACUGUAUUUCAUCCAAGUUUCUUUGAAUUAGGAAUUAAAGAGUUAAAUAUUGAACAUAAUCAUAUCAAAAUGUUACCACCAACUUUUAAAAAGAUGCCUAUUGAAAAAAUUAUUAAAGAUGAUUUCUCUUAUGAAAAAAAGGUAAUUGAAAAAAGAGUUGUUUUAAUUGACAAUUCAACGGAAAUAUUUAAUUCACUUAUUCGACAAAGUAAACAUAUCAAUUGGAAUAUUAAAGAAGAACCAAGGUCGGCAAAGUUAAUAAUAAAAAAUAACAUUGUUAUUGAUUUAAAGGUAUUAGACCUAGAAAGUAUUGAAUCACAACCAUAUUUUGGAAUUGAUGCUCUUUACAUUAUUCAUAUAAGAGAAUCUAUUCCAUUCAGAAUAAUUGAUUUGUGCCAAGUUACUUCAUCACGUAAUUAUAUUGUAAUUUCUGAUAAAAUAAUUGAAGAUAUGACAACUAUUGUUUAUGAUGGAACACCACAAACUUUAAAAUCUAUUUGUAGAACAUUAAGAAAAUUUAUUGAAGACUUUGGAAAAGAUGAAAUAUCCUCUAACUGUUAUGAAAUCUUAAAAACAUUACAAUGUUAUGAUUUAUCUCCUGCAGUAAUGACAACGGCAUUAUAUCAAGAAAUUAUUUCUUCAUUAGAAAUGAAAGAAAAUGAUAUUAAUAAAGCUGUACAUCAAUUAGUUGAGAGAAGGCUAUUACACAGAAGUUGUCUUCCUUCAACUACCCCAAGAAAUAAACGAGGAUUACGUCCUUCUGUUAUUGAGGUAAGAACGAAUUAUUCAACUUAUUAUUCUGAAGAUUUUGGAUAUAUUUUAGUUGAUACUCUAAAUAUUUCACAUAUUGCUGCAUCACUACUUAUUCAAACAAAAGGUAUUUUUACUGCUCGAGCAUUACAAAGUUGUAAAAUGAAUGGAAUGAAAAAUAACAUGCAACUCAAUUAUAUUAUUAGUGUUCUUGAAGAAUAUUCAAUUGUUUUAAAAGUAAGAUUAGAUUUAGCAAAGAAUAUAGGAUGUGAAAAUGAAUAUCCUUUAUUACUAGAACAAGCCAAACAAGCUACUCUAGUGUCUCAAGACGUUUGUUCUAUUGGAAAUGAUAUUAUCUUAUUGUCAUUAGUUGGAGUUCCUUAUAUUGGAAAUUGGGAAGAACAAAAUGAUACAAUAAUUAGUUCACGACAAUAUACAUUUAACAAAUUUCCUUUACAACUUCAACAAUGCUUCAUAGCCAGUUGUGCAUUAUAUUUUGGAAUGCCAUAUAGCUUAUGGAGAAGUGGAGUUAUUUUUAAAAAAGAAAUCAGAAAUGAAGUUAUUGAUGUACUAAUUAAAUUUUCCACAUCAUCAUUUGAGGUACAUACACGAUAUCAUUUGAGUUCACUCCAAAUGGCUGUAGAUAAUGGAAAUAUACAUCAUUCUUUAGAAAAAUUCUUAGACCAACUAAUAUCUAUUUAUUUUUUGAAUGUAAAAUUUUCAGUGUCAUUAUUAUGUCCUCAUUGUCUCAAUCAUUCUAUUAAAAAAGAGGAUAUAACAAAUUCUUUUUUAAUUCAUGAAGAGGAUCAUUCUUAUAAUAUCCCAUUAAUUGCAAUGGAUUACUUUUUCUCCAUUCUUCCUCCUUCUCUUUCUUCUCCAACUCUAAUUAAAGAAAUAACUAGAGGUUCAUCAUCAAUCAUUUAUUUAUGUGUUGGAGGGAUUGUACUUAAACAGAUUAAUUCUGACUUUAAAUCUUUGAAAAGAAAUGAUGCUAUUCAUGACUUUAAUUGUAGAAUUCAUGAAUUUUAUAAUGAAGUUAUAUUUAGUCAAUACUGUUUUGACAAUGUAGGAAGAAUAUUGGGAUAUGUUACAGAACCAUUUGGAAUUGAAAUGGAAUAUUAUGAUGGAGGGUCUUUGUUUGAUCUUAUUGGAGACUUUACUCAACCAAUUCCAGUUCAUAGUAUUUUAGUUGACAUUGCCAAUGGAAUGAAAAAUAUUCAUCAAAUAAAUAAAUUACAUAGAGACUUAAAGAGCUUAAACAUCUUAUUAAAGAAACAAGCACCAAAUAUGUUCCAAGCUUUUGUAUGUGAUUUUGGUGAAAGUACAAUUGAAGGAGAACAACAAAGUCAAAUUGAAUGUCCAUUUUGGUUAGCACCAGAAAUCUUUAAAGGUGAACAAUGGACAAAGGCUUCUGAUGUAUAUUCGUAUGGUGUUAUUAUAUGGGAGGUAAUUACUAGACAACGACCUUAUGAGGGUAAGUUUUAUAAUGAAGUUAAAGAAUCAAUCAUAGAAGGAGAAAGAUUAGAAAUACCUAAAAAUUGUCGAUAUGAAGACUUAAUGAAGAAAUGUUGGUUAGAAAACACAGAGCAACGACCUUCAUUUGAAGACAUUUUAAACAUACUAAAACAACUGUAA